GCCUGUCUUCAGCGUCUAAACCAGCUACAGUCUCGUUGGGAAUGGGUCAAAACAAUGACUGAGGCGAAUCAACGCCAUCUGGAGCAGCGUUUUCGGCAGGCUACAGAGGCUGCUAGUCAGUCGUCCGCCUCCAAAGUUCCUGAGGUUGAGGCCGUCAGUCCGACGAUGGCGGCUGCCUCGACGACGUCGACCGAUGCUCUUCUGGCCCGACGGACCAGCUAUACGCAUUUGAUUGGCAACAGUCUGGACGACGUGCACGAGGUCGAUGAAGAGGUGGAGAAGGCUGCUGAAGAGGAGCUGGAGGCCGACGAGGAGGAAGAGGGAGGCUGGGAAGAGGCGGCAGCGCUGGACGGUGAUGGUGGCCAGGCCGGACUGUGGAUGAAUGGAACCCACGAGGCCCAGCAGAAACGACCAGCUGAGUCCGGCCAUCCGGCGGCAAAGCACUCGAGGGCUGGCGGCAAACUGCAGGAAAAAAUGAUGGAGACGAUUCCAUCAAGCGGUGGGCUAAAACGGCGCAAGAUGGAGCAGCCGAUUGCUGACACCCAAGAGACUGUCAAGCCGGCCAUACAGGAGGCUGCAACACAGGCCGAUCAGGCCAAAGAUACAGCCGUCGGUUCGGAUGCCACCGGGUCUGGAGACGGAGCCGAGACUUCCAAAGGCGUCAUCGAAGUCGACAUUGAGGAGAUGGAGAACUGGAUGGCCGAGGCUAAACGACGGCUGGCUGGCUACUCCAUCGUGAGGACGCAAGAGGAGUUGCAGGCCUUAGAGGACUGUAUCAAGGUGGGUCGACACACUUAUUGGUCCUCUCGAUUUCAUUACUCUCCUGUUUAUUACUUUCAUUUGCAUCACCUUAAAGUUGCUGCAUAUCUUGCAUUGUCCUUGGCGGUUGCUAUGGUACAAGACUCUUGA